AUGUACAUGCUUGGCAACAUGGGAAGCCACUUUACUUUUAGGAGCUUCAGUACAAGCAAAUUCUCGUGGAGCCAGACGUCCAUUAUGGGUGAUCUUCAGCGAGUUCUUAGCCAAGGCGAAUAUGCCCCUUUAACAUGUGCUCCCAUGUUUGAAAGUAAUUUUAUACAGGUUAAUAAGAGAGGUGAACCAAUCUAUGUUCACAACCGUCCCAACUGUGUGACCAUAGGCAUCUGUGCAUCCAGCCCCAGCUUAGAUCUGCCCAAUGUGAUGCUGCUAGCACACACGGUGCCUACACCCAAACAGGAAGCUGUAUCAAAGUUCUGGAAGUUCUCAAAACAGCCAUCUCAUAAAGAACAGCUAGUACUCAGCAGAUCACCCUAUGACAAAAAAGAGUUUUCUUUUAGGUUUUUCCCUUUGAAGUUUGUGAAGCUCUCCAUUCACAAUCCUGAGAAGUGUCAUCUCAAGCUAAAGCUGGUGAGUGGCCGCUGCUAUUACCUGGAGCUCUGUGCCACACCAGAGAAGCAGCGCCCCCUCUUCCUUCAAUGGGUACGGCUCAUCUCCCUCCUUCGAUUUCCCCCAGAUGGCAAUAGCAGUGCAGAAGUCAAGGUGGUGUAUCAGAAUUUUAGUGCACAGUCAACAGAGAAAUGGCAAGGCACAAGGAGCCAGUCAGAGAAACGAGAUGACCACAAAGAGAUUCCAAAACUUCUGCCAAUCCCAGAGGCAGAGAAAGAGGAACCUGCUGAGAAAGCAUCUUCCAAGCGAGUUACCAUCUCUGGUAUAGUGGGUCCUAUUGAGGAGAGUAAGAGAGGGAUGGCAGUUACUUCCCAAAGCUCCCUGAAACAGACCACAAGGCAGUCCACCGUGCAGUCAGAGGAACAACAAUGUAAUGACAACCUGCAUCAAAAGAAGCACAGAAGCAAGGAGAGGAAGACAUCCAAGGAAAAUAGGUCAGACUCUAAAAUUGAAACCAAUCUGCAUACUUCAGGUAGGAAUGAAAUGUUUUCACAGUUAUUUCCAUCCCUGCCCCCACAAGCAGUGUUGCAGCUCUGUGACUGAAGAUGGGAGGGACUGAAACUAGAGUAGCAUGGAGCUCCUCCAGAUAGCAUUUCUACAGCAAUGCCUCUAGGGAUUUCUACAAGGAGAGGCUGAAACCCCACUAAGUUCUCUUAGACUAUUCCAGUCUAUAUGGUAUCUAUCUGGAAAUGUAGUGCCUGUGAACUUCCUUUCUGACAGCCUGUAUUUCUACACCUUUCCCCAAAAUACUUAUUGGACACUAAGCUGUCUCAUAACCCGUACUCCUGUAUUAAUAUUUUUCCUUACAUCUUCAACUAAAAAGUGUUUGCAGUCUGGGUCUGCCAAAUGGUGGCAAAAACCAGAACCCAUUACUUAAGUCACCUACCCUACAUCUGAAUAUGUUGCAUGAGUAUCUUGUAUACUAGUAAAGCACACACUUGAACCAAGGUUGUUAUGAUCCUCCCCCCAUGAACCUCUCUCACUCAGGCCAAGCUCCAGAAGUUAGAAUGAUCUGUUCUCUAAAGAAAGUUACU